UAUUCAAUAAAGAAGUCGGUAUUUCAUGAUAGGACCUGACCUAACUUCUAUCUGUAAGACACUCUUUCUUAAGUUCUGAUGUUCGAUUAACAGGCUGUGCAAAUGCGAAGUAAAACAAGGAAAGGUGUCAGCCGCGCAGGCACAGCUGACAACGAUUAUGAAAGAGAACGAGAUCAAGCUGAGCGAGCAGAGAAAAAGCAAACACGGCGGUGUAUCCACCAAGUUCAGAGCGUUCUUGAAGCCUACAGGAUGGAAGCCGAUGACGAUACUCUUCCUGUUCUUCUCCUUCCAGCAGUUCUCCGGAAUCUAUAUCACUCUAUUUUACGCUGUCACGUGGUUCCAAGAAGUUGGCUCUGGCGUAGAUGAAUACAUAGCCUCGAUUUUAGUCGGCGUAACACGUUUUCUGUGUUCAAUGGUGAACACCUGGCUGCUGAGACGUUACAAGAGACGACCAUUGUGUAUCAUUUCGUCACUGGGCAUGGCAAUUUGUAUGACCGUUUCCGGUUACUUCACUCUCCUCAUUAGGGAUGGCGAUCGUUCUGGCUAUUGGGUACCAGUUCUAUGUCUGCUCCUUUACGUUUGUACAUCUAUGGUUGGUAUGCUGACUAUUCCGUGGACCAUGACUGCAGAGUUGUUCCCAACUGAGAUCAGAGGAAUAGCUCAUUCCAUCAGUUACUCGAUAGCCAACUUGCUAAUGUUUGCUGCUCUGCAAAGUUACAGGAGCUUGCAAGGUUUCCUGGGUGGGUCCUACGCUGUCCAGUGGUUUUUCGCUGGCGUUUCAAUAGGCGCCGCUGUUUUCGUGUGGUUUUUACUGCCAGAAACACAUGGCAAGAAGCUCUCCGAGAUCGAGGAAUACUUUAAGAACAAUUUCCUGGCAGUUGGAGCUGAAGCGAAGGCCAGAAAGCAGCGUGCAAAGAGGAGGAACGCGCGGCACGAGAAGGGACCAGUUACAGAGCCACUGAAUCCGUCAAAUGUGAAAAAUAUACAGAACGUUUAAGCGUCUUAUAUCGCACGGGCUGGAACCGUGGCAAAGACUACCUUUUUACGAGAUCAAGUUGUAAUGUAUAACAUUCAUUCUACACGCGACACGCGAAUCAAAAGUUUUAUAGUUGAAAGUUACCUUCGAAACGAUAAAACCUGAUCGCUGGGGUACGGAUUUCUACAAACGUGACUUAUUUAGAAACAAUCUACAACUGAGAACUGGGUUUUCUACAUUGAUGUCGACUGACAUUAAUUUCUACAUAUUGUUACAAGGAGUAUCAAAAGACUUGCGUGUUUCCUCAAGUUACUGUAAAUAGCAAUAACACAAUUAGUAGAUUUUAAUAGACAGACACUGGCAUUAAAAGGUCUAUGAUAGGCUUGUAGUAGAAAAAUUUGCAAUGCUUCGUUCACAGAGAUCUCUCUGUACAGAAAUCUCUCUGACCAAUUCUGUUUUAUCGUUUUAAAGGUUACUCUUGAACUUACUAUGAAGGUAUUCCGAGUGUCAUGUGUGAAAUGAAUUACCAAAGUGAUUGAUAUCGUACUAUUAGUAGCGUGUCAGAGUCGAAUGAUGGGGGAGUUACUACGAAGUGCAUUACGAAGCUGUGUAGUUUUGUACUUAAGCUUUGCUUUCGCUUGAAUCGCGUUCGUGCAAACAAUGAUAAGGGUACGUUAUAAUUUACGACUAUAAAUCGAAUGAAGUAAAAUCGUGUAAACGAUCGCAGAGGUAAAUUAUAAUUUACGCUUGUAAAUCGAAGGACAAGUAUGCGGAGCGUAAAACGAUUAACUCGAGGAAGCGAACUGUAAAAGUAUGAACCCUUUGCGGUCCAGGAUUUCCGUUUUUAGUACAUUUUCGUCGUACGUAGGAACGCAAGAGUAUCGCUACAAAGUUUCACGAAAAGCUAGCCCAAUCACUUUAGAUUCGAUUAUGAAAAUAAUUUUAUCAAACUGAUUUGUUGCAUGUACUUCUAUUUAGAUUAUCUUGUAUCCUAUAGUAUUAUCUGUUUCUUAUAGGAAUCUUUAAAGGUAUUGUGUUUUCUGCAAAAAUAAUUGUCAUCGAUAAUUAAGAUACGGAAAUUUCUACGAAAGCGGUGUGACGUUAAAUUUGUAUAAUCAAUAGUUUUCACGUAGAAUGAUGUGAAAACUUUGAUCCAUAGUCUACAGUCACAGUCUUGAAGGGUAUUACUUCCUAACAAUUUCGUGUUUACAACUCAACGAAGAGCUUGUAUACAAGCUGUCACAUCUAAAGCAAGCCAUCUGAAUAUCUGUUCCAAUUGUGACGAUAUAAACAAUAUUUUAUUUUUAUUUUAAUGUCAACUACAUAAUACGACAAGAAAAAAUAUGCAUUUAUGAGUGAAAUCACAAUUGAAAGAGAUAUUCAGGUGGCCUGUUUAGGUGUAACACCCUGUAGAAGUCAAACCGUAUUAACCAUUAUAUUUAUUUCAGUUAACGCUUAAAAUCUGUCAACAGUGACGUGGCAAAUAGAAAUAUGGAUUAUUGUUAUUAUUAUUACAAAUCAAAGUUCACCAUUCUCUCUUCAUAUUUUUGUGUAAAUUGUUCACUCUCUGUCUCUCUCUUUAGUGGACACCUAUAAACCAAAUAAUUUUUUAAAUAUCUGCAAAAAGGUGAUUCUAUACACCUGUUGGGACCCGUAAGAAAUUUUCCAUGCGAUGAUAAUGUUGACACAAUAUAGAUACAUUGAUAGAAAUAUUUUCAUAACAUUUUUACGCGUUUUAGUCUAGAGUGACUGGAUUAGGCGACGAGUCCUCGGUUAUUGCUGCUCCGAGAAAAGUUGUUUGAUAAAGAAACGUCAUUGCGCAAUCGAGAAAUGAUUACAAUGAUGGAUUAGUUAUGUAUGGAAUUCUGCGACUGUUUAUGUUGUGUUGAGAAACGCUCGAACGCGCUUGGAUUUGCGAAGGAAAUGAUACUGCACGCGGUAUGCACUUACGGCGUGGUGUUGCGUGAGCAACGAGGUGGAUAAUUGUACCAAAAAAUAGUAAACGACUCUACACGCAACACAUGAAACAGUAUUAGACGUUGAUCUGAUACAGUCUUCCGUGUGCACGUGCACGGAUGGCCGUAGAAGAGAUGGAUGAUGGUUCUUCGUACAGAACAAACGUUGGUUACGCGCUUAAGGUCUUUCUUACGCCGUGUAUCGUUUCGUGGAAACGAUCGCCGUUUAUAAGCAGAGCAUUCCUUUUUGGAAAACAAUUUUAACAACUUCGCUGUGAUGUAACAAUACUUGUAAAAAGAAAUCGUACAAUCCGUGAUACUCAGGGUGCAGUAUCCUGUUUUGCAUUCAAACGUGGAAUACGUGGAACAAACAAAAAGCGAAGUGUGUUCCUUUCGAAAAGAUAAUUCGGGAUUGUGGAAUCAUACUUUUUUCACGCCACGAGUCUUGUACGUUGCGAAUCGUUUUUGAAAAUACCCGGAGUACGCUCACGCUCGAUUAGAAUUCGUCUGACUAUGUACAUAAUUAAUAAUUUAUACCCAGUAAUGCUAUUUCCUUGUAAUUACCUUUGCCCAUUUUGCGUACACGAAUUAUGCGCAUAGAUACCUCGGGUGUUUUCGAAAACGGUUACUUCGAACAUAAACGAUUGGGCAAAAUAAAUUUAAUCCACAGUUUCGAUUUAAAUUCUGGGAGCAAUAAAUUAUAACCAACUCGCAGGUUUGCCACAUAUUUUAGGACAAAUACGCUACAAAAAACGAUUGUAUUAAGUAUCUUAAAGGCGGUUCAAGUGCCUCUCUUUUUUGUCAACUAUUCGAUGAUUAUUUGUAAUAUAAGUGUGCCUAAACAUGCGAACAGAGUGGGUUUUACAACAAUAUACUUUGUAUCGUACAAUGCAGCAUGCUUAUAUUUUUUAAAUAUAAAUGUGUAUAUGCAUUCACAUAUAUCUACAUCUAUAUGCGUAUACGUACUAUUGUAAAAUUUCUUAAAGUGUUUCUAAUAAAAUCAUAUUUUUGGAAACCGCAAAAA